CGCUGAGCCCGGGUGCGGCUUCAUCGCGGGCGGCGGCGCGGCCAAAAGGUGCGGGGCUCGGUGCGGGCCGAACGCGGGGUGCUGCUCGCGGGAGCGGCCUGUGUGGGCGCCGCCGUCGUACCGGCCCUCACAUUCCCGGCCACGGCUCUCGGGAUCUGGACUCCCCGUCUGAGGUCUACCGGAGCCUGUAUCCCCUUCUCUGUACCCCGUCUCCGCCGGAGGUCUCCGCCCCGCGCCCUCGACCCCGCUGCGCCCUCCACGCCCGCUCUCGGCCCGACGUCUCGGCUCGCCGGCGGACGCCGCGGGCAUGGACUAUUCGUACGACGAGGACCUGGACGAGCUGUGUCCAGUGUGUGGUGACAAGGUGUCGGGCUACCACUACGGGCUGCUCACGUGCGAGAGCUGCAAGGGCUUCUUCAAGCGCACAGUCCAGAACAACAAGCAUUACACGUGCACCGAGAGUCAGAGCUGCAAAAUCGACAAGACGCAGCGUAAGCGCUGUCCCUUCUGCCGCUUCCAGAAGUGCCUGACGGUGGGCAUGCGCCUGGAAGGUGCGCGUCCUGCACGCCCGGGACCCCUGACUGCUGGCCGCCCCCAGGGAGCCGCGGGCGGGCCUGGGAGAGGGGCUGAGGGGAAAGCCGAGCAGUUUCUGGAUCCAGCUGUGCGUGCUGAUCGAAUGCGGGGCGGCCGGAACAAGUUUGGGCCCAUGUACAAGAGAGACCGGGCCUUGAAGCAGCAGAAGAAAGCACAGAUUCGGGCCAAUGGCUUCAAACUGGAGACCGGACCACCGAUGGGGGUUCCCCCGCCACCCCCUCCCCCACCGGACUACAUGUUACCCCCUAGCCUGCAUGCACCGGAGCCCAAGGCCCUGGUCUCUGGCCCACCCAGUGGGCCGCUGGGUGACUUUGGAGCCCCAUCUCUGCCCAUGGCCGUGCCUGGUCCCCACGGGCCUCUGGCUGGCUACCUCUAUCCUGCCUUCUCUAACCGCACCAUCAAGUCUGAGUAUCCAGAGCCCUACGCCAGCCCCCCUCAACAGCCAGGGCCACCCUACAGCUAUCCGGAGCCCUUCUCAGGAGGGCCCAAUGUACCAGAGCUCAUAUUGCAGCUGCUGCAACUAGAGCCAGAGGAGGACCAGGUGCGUGCUCGCAUCGUGGGCUGCCUGCAGGAGCCAGCCAAAAGCCGCCCUGACCAGCCAGCGCCCUUCAGCCUCCUCUGCAGGAUGGCGGACCAGACCUUUAUCUCCAUUGUCGACUGGGCACGAAGGUGCAUGGUAUUUAAGGAGCUGGAGGUGGCUGACCAGAUGACACUGCUGCAGAACUGCUGGAGUGAGCUGCUGGUGCUGGACCACAUCUACCGCCAGGUCCAGUACGGCAAGGAAGACAGCAUCUUGCUGGUCACUGGACAGGAGGUGGAGCUGAGCACGGUGGCUGUGCAGGCUGGCUCCCUGCUGCACAGCCUGGUGCUGCGGGCACAGGAGUUGGUGCUGCAGCUGCAUGCCCUGCAACUGGACCGCCAGGAGUUUGUCUGUCUCAAGUUCCUCAUCCUCUUCAGCCUCGAUGUGAAAUUCCUGAACAACCACAGCCUGGUAAAGGACGCCCAGGAGAAGGCCAACGCCGCCCUGCUGGAUUACACCUUGUGUCACUACCCACACUGCGGGGACAAAUUCCAGCAGUUGCUAUUGUGCCUGGUGGAGGUGCGGGCACUGAGCAUGCAGGCCAAGGAGUAUCUGUACCAUAAGCAUUUGGGCAACGAGAUGCCCCGCAACAACCUUCUCAUUGAGAUGCUGCAGGCCAAGCAGACUUGAGCCUGGGUGCCAGGCAGCGGGCAGUAGGCAGGGAUGCCACUGCCUCCAAAAGACUCCUUGCAUUAGGUGAUCCAGGAGCCCUGUCCCUAAGCCCCUGCCCCUGAGCUCCAGAGCUGUGUGUUUGGGAUGAUGGGCAAGGAUGGGCGGGGACUGCCCGGGACAGGUUGCCUUCGCUAGCCACUGGCAUGUGUCUGCCACUUGGAGUGCCCCAGAGGGGUGACUUCUAACCACUCCUUCCUCCGUCUGCCCCCAGCUUUUUUUCCUGGUAUCUGAGGUCCCAGGAGGAGGCUUGGGAUUCCUUGGUGGGCCUGAAUGUCUGUUGGGUCAGAGGUCAUCCUUUCCCUCUCUCCUGUGAUCAGAGGCAGAGGAAGGUCUGUAGGCAUCAAUGAAGGCAGGGGAGGGGGGGUCUCCAGACUCCCCUGAAGCAGGGAAGGAAGUCCACUAUUGCAAACUGAGUUUGCUAAAUUGGGUCUCUAGAGGACACCAUGAGAGCGGAUAGGGCAAAAAGACCCCCUCCAGCCCCCCCCCCCCAUCUAAUUCUGAUCCACUCCCUGGAAAGGGACUUUGUUGUGAUCAUCCUUUUCCUGCAUCCCAGCUACCCAAGGAGGAGGAGGAGUCUGGCCCUGCCCUCCACCAGCUGGCUGGGCUGGUACUUAUCUGCAAGGUUGCAGUCACCAGGAUUCUCUUCCUUUUACCUAGACAGUCCUUGGAAAGUGUGUGAGAGAGAAAUGGGCAGGAGACAGACUGAGGACUGAACUGGGAUGUGGGGAUUAGCACCAAAGCUCUUUCUCCUGACAUCUCCUUCCUGAUCAUCUGGUCAUCUUCAUGUAUCUUGCCUCACUCCUGAGAAGAGCUGUUGCUUGCCCUCUGUCCCAGCCCCACUAUAGGAGCAACGGGAGGCCUGCAAGGGCUUAGAGUCCUUUCAGGUGGGGAUAUGGGUAAACCUAGGAGAACUCACGGAUCUUUAUAUGACGACAGUGCUGAGGACUCUCUCAUGGCUCUAUCCUUUUGGGUCCCUUGUCACAACCCUUGAAGCUGGCGUCAGUCCCCUGGCUGCUGCUUUGCCUCCCAAAAGUCACUCUUCAGGGCCAAGCACUGAGGGGAGAGGCCUAAGCUAUCCUCUGUUUCAGACUGGGCAUCCACUGUCUUUCCUGCUUUCGUGUCAGAUUUACAGCUUACGCUAGGCCUGCCCAACUGGACAAGGCUGUCUCCUGUCUUCAACCACCCUGGCUCAGACCCCACCUCUGCCCCUGAAAUGCGUGAUCCCACCAAGGCCAGAGACCCACAGCCCCAAGACAAGAAGUGCCCUUAUAAACCCCUGCAGCCCUGCAGCCCUGAAAUAAAUUUUGCAAUUAGUUUCCAGUA